AUGUCGGGCCAGAGGAUGAGCCUUCUCUCCCAAAUCAAUGACAGAGAGAUGUUCUGGAAUGCUAAGGUUCUGGUGUCCCGCAUCUGGCACUACCGAGGUGGGACCGAUGAAGGUGCCAUUAUGCAUACUGACAUUGUGGUGCUUGACAAAGAGGGAACCCACAUGUAUGGCCGGAUCCCUACUGAGCCAGCUAUCCGCCUGCAAGAUGUCUUGCGGGAAGGCAGUGUUUAUCUAAUGAAGAGGUUCAUGUGCAAACCAUCAAAGCCCACUUACAGGGCUGUUGACAGCCCAUUUAUGAUGCAGUUCACUCGCUUUACUACUGUUGAUCCUGUGGUGGAUGAUGAAGAAGAUUUCCCAUACUGCACUUACAGCCUUAUGUCCUUCUCGGAUAUCCCAAUACCAGGCCCACACACUCCUCACUUUAUCGAUGUGAUUGGCCGAAUUAUUGUUGUCACACACAUUGUUGUUGUACACUCACAGCAUCAAGCUGGUCCUUCAGAUACCAGGACUCUGGUUCUCCAGGAUCAAAUCGGAAAUGAAAUCAGCCUUGUUCUCUGGGGUGCUCGAGCCCAUGAGUUCGAGGCAGAAGAGGUCCGUGCUGCAAGUGAAUCCACAGCUGUCAUUGCUAUCUUUGUAGGAACACUGCCAAAAGCAUACCGAGGUAUUAAAGGCCUGAGUGGUAGCUCUGCAUGCCGCUGGUACAUUGAUGAGGACCUGCCAGAGAUGAAUGCCUUUUGUGCUAGCCUUGCAGAAGGGCUUCCUGCCGUCACUGCUCACAUCCCAGGAGAACAAGCGAUUGUUCCAGCACCUGUUCGCGAACCUCCCGUUGAACUGAGUGUUCAGGAGCUGCUUGCCCUUGACCCAUUUGACAACUUGAAGAAACAGUUUAUCGUCAAGGUUACUAUCACAGGCUUGGGCUCUGACAACCGCUGGUGGUUCCUCUCAUGCCGGAAAUGCCAUAAAACAGCCUACACCUCCGGAAGGCAGUACCGUUGCUCAGACUAUGGCUGUUCUUCUAUCAUAGCAGAUCCUUCAUACUGCGUGUGCACUUUCGGAAGCGAUGGCGCAAAUGAAGCAGAAUUUAUGUUCUUUGAUAGGGCUGCAAAACAAGUUAUUGGCAAGCCACUCAUGACUUUGAUUCACCGCAAGUACCCAGGUUUUACAAGUGCGCUUGAUCUUGCUCAGAUAGGAGGUUCUGAUGUAGGUUUGCCUGUUGAAAUUUCCCGCCUUGUUACCCAGAAGUAUAGGCUGGUCGUUUCUAUCUCCAACAAGAGUUUUCAGCCUGCAAGCACCCAGCUGUCCUUCCAAGUUGGUAGAAUUGAUGAAACCUUUAAGCCUGACCUUGUACCCUUUGCAUCUACUAGUGCAUCAUCUGCCUCUGGAGCAUCGUCUUCUGCUGAGGGCUCAGACAUGACAGUGCCCAUUCCCACCUCUUUCUCUAUAGGAUCGUCUACACUCGUUGUGCUACCUCUCGAUGAGGUAUAUAUGCUGCUGGUUUCCUCUCUCAAGUUCUCUUUCACCCGUUUAAUGCCUGUGUUGUUUCUUUGCCAGAUGAACACUCCUAUAUCUGCAUUCAAAGGAAAAGGACAUGCUAUUGUGUCUAAAACACCCAGCCGGUCCCCAUGCCCAAAAAGUGCUCGCCGCAAGCUUUUUAUUGGUCCCCCUAAGUCUAAGGGCACUGACCUACCUGCCUCCGUUAGCAACGUUACUGCCCAGGCUGGAAAGGUUGUCGCAGUUACCCAAACUGAAGAGAUUGCCGCCGCUGGAAAUGUUGUUCAGCCUACACCCAUGCCAACUGUUGGACAGGAGACUGAAACCACAACUGCUGAGGAUCCAAAGAUCAUCAUUCCUGACCCCUCUAAGGCCAAGAGGACAAACAACCCUAGCAAGGGUGUUGGCGUCCCAAAGUUCUUUCAUGGAGUGGUCGUUCCAUGUUGUAAUCUAAAUAUGUACAUACAGGUUUCUUCUAUGUUCUGCUUGCUUAUCAAGUAA